AUGGCGGAAGAAUCAGAUAAUGUUUAUGCAACAAUAGCCCGAGCCAUCAAACCAUGUAUAUCGAGAGAGAUUAAUGACAAACUGCUAGAGACUCCGACGACCGCUGAGAUCAAGAAAGCCUUGUUUGCUAUCCAUCCGGAUAAAGCACCAGGGCCCGAUGGAUUCUCGGCCUGCUUCUUCCAAGCCAAUUGGGAGACUGUCGCAGCUGCCAUAUCUAGGGAUGUCACAGAGUUCUUUGUCUCAUGUCAACUUCGUCCGAGCAUCAACGAGACACAUAUCCGCCUGAUACCAAAGACUACAACAUCUAAGCGGGUUGCUGAAUAUCGUCCUAUUGCACUCUGCAACGUCACCUACAAGAUCAUCUCUAAGUUGAUCUCUCUGCGCUUAAAACCGGUCCUCCAGAGCCUUAUAUCCGAAAAUCAAUCUGCCUUUGUCUCGGGGAGAUUAAUUACGGAUAAUGUCCUCAUUACGCAUGAGCUUCUGCACUUUCUGAAGCAAUCGGGAGCUGUUAAAAAUUGUGCCAUGGCCGUCAAAACGGACAUGAGCAAAGCAUACGAUCGGCUUGAGUGGUCAUUUAUCCGCAAAGUGUUGCUACGGAUGGGUUUCUCUGCUUCUUGGACAGAGCUCAUUAUCCAGUGUUGUAGCACGGUGUCUUACUCCUUCUUGCUCGACGACUCGGCUCAUAGAAAAAUUUUCCCCACUAGAGGAAUUAGACAAGGGGAUCCGCUCUCCCCGUAUCUAUUCAUUCUCUGUAGUGAAGUUUUGUCCGGCCUAUGCAGCCAGGCUCAGCAAAGCGGUCAUCUCAAGGGAAUCAGCGCAGGUCGACGUGGGCCAAAGAUAAAUCAUCUACUGUUCGCAGACGACACCAUGUUCUUUCUCAAGACAGACCAGGAUAGCUGCACGGCCCUGAUUAAUAUCCUCCGCAGCUAUGAACAAGCCUCGGGACAGAAGAUAAAUGCCACCAAAUCUUCCAUCACCUUUGCGACAAAAACGCCUCAGGAGACACGAUCUCGUGUCAAAUCUUUCCUUGGGAUUGUCAAAGAAGGCGGAACAGGCAAGUAUCUUGGCCUUCCCGAACUUUUUGGCCGGAGGAAGAAAGACUUAUUCACAUCUAUUGUCGAUCGAAUUCGAGUUAAAGCCAAUAGUUACUCCUCACGGCUACUCUCUCCAGCGGGUAAGCUCGUCAUGAUUAAGGCAGUCUUAUCGGCCAUCCCCACACACGCUAGCUCUUGUUUCCUUCUCCCGCUAAGUCUAUGCAAGAGGAUCCAAUCCGCAUUUACAAGAUUCUGGUGGGAUGCGGCUGAUCAAAAGAAGAUAUGCUGGAUAGCAUGGAGUAAAAUAACGCUGCCAAAACUCUUGGGAGGGUUGGGGAUAAGAGACAUACAGUUGUUCAACGUCGCCCUUCUAGCCAAACAAGCCUGGCGAAUCGUCACAGCCCCCAACUGUCUACUCUCACGCGUGCUCCUGGGAAGAUAUUGCCAGAACAGCAGCUUUUUAGAUGUGUUACCAACGUCAAAUGCGUCUCACGGCUGGAGAAGUGUACUUAAGGGCCGGGAUUUACUGAUCACCCAACUGGGAAAAGCUGUAGGAGACGGAAACUCAACCCGAGUCUGGAAGGAUCGUUGGAUUUUGAGUAACAAUACGGGCACACCAGUAGGUCCACCGAAGGAAAUGGAUCGCGACCUCAUGGUCUCGGACCUAUUGACUAGAGGGACUAAUGAUUGGAAUGUUGCAAAGAUUAAAGACCUCUUCCCUUCCUUAGCUUCAUGCAUUACAAGCAUCACCCCAAGUAUUCUAGGAGCUCCUGAUGAAUUUGUUUGGAUACCUAACAAAGAUGGUAGAUAUACUACAAAAUCAGGGUACACUACUGCUGUAAAGUAUAAUUAUCUACUUGAAAACGGAGGAUCCCCGCUACCAGCUCUCGAGUGGAGUAAGAAGGUUUGGGCCUCUCAGUGUCUCCCGAAAAUCAAAUUAUUCAUGUGGAAACUGAUGCAGGGGGCUCUGCCGCUUGGUGCGAACUUGGAGAAACGAGGAUGCGGUUCAUCUGUUACCUGCCCAAGGUGUGGAGAGCGAGAAACAGCAGAUCAUCUGAUACUUACCUGCCCUUUCGCCAAGCAAGUGUGGACUGACGCUCCCUUCCAGUACGGUUUUGACCCUGAUCAGUUCUCGUCUUUGAGCGAGGCGUUACUGUCGGGAAUGAGAACCAUCUGCCUACCACCAACGGGUGUUUCACAACCCAUCUUCCCUUGGAUAUGCUGGUGCCUAUGGACAUCAAGGAACAAGCUGAUUUUUGAGAACAAGGUCCUCUCAGUGGCUGAGGUCUUGUCCCUCUCGAUCACAAGUGCAAGAGAAUGGUGGCUGGCGCAACCCACAGCAAUGAAGGCACCCCCAUGGAGAGCUUCUGAUGGCGCUACUGGAUGCGGGUGGAUCUUUAAAGACUCAACCCGCCAGAGUACUCAGCAUGGGUCUAAAUGCUUCGACAACACCGCUUCUGCCCUUACUGGCGAAGCAUUAGCGAUUCGUCUGGCCCUUUCACAUGCCCUUUCACUGGGCUACACCAGAGUCUGUGUCUUUUCAGACUGUCAAGUGCUCGUGAGAGCAAUCUGUUCGAAGUCAUCACCGGUCGAACUCUACGGAUUAGUCUGCGACAUCGAUCUUCUAUCCUCCUUGUUUGAUUUUUGCACUUUGUCUUUUAUUUCUCGAUCCCUAAACUCGGAGGCUGAUCUACUUGCUAAAUCAGCCCUUUGUAAUGCUGCACUCACCACAUGA